AUGGCAGAUCCCUCCGUUGAAGUCAUCUUGCAGAAGCACAUAAGCUGGCGCCCCGUGGAGCUCGCUGUGCUGGACGAGAAACACGCCGAAUACUUGAGUCACAAGCCGGGUAGUGAAGAGCGAGCAGCAAUCUUGAAGGCUGCAGUUGCAGCGUUGCAGAACGUGUCCCCUCACUUCGCCAGGGCAGCUCUCCCCAUGGCACAUGAGAAAGCGCAGGUGUUCUUCAAGAACACCCGCGCGCGCACCAGUAAAGGAGUCCGACGCGAGUUCCAUGCCGGGGGCAAGAACAUGUUCAUUGCGCGCAAGCGUAGCGGUGGCGGCAGUGCAUUAUGGGCCAAGGAUGACGAAGGUCACAAAAUUUGGGAGGCGGUGCUCGCAUCUCAGGUUGCAGAGGGGAAGGUGAACGAAUCAAACCGCGCAGCCGUCAUCUCCUCGGUCAAGUCCAAGUGCUUCAAGGCACUAUCAGAUGAGGAGAAGCACACCUGGGAGGAGAAGGCGGAGGAGCUGCGCAAGGAGCGGGAGAAUUUGAGCAUUGAUGACCUCAUCGCUGACAACCAAGAAGGACUUUUUGUCAAGGUUGCAUCGGCCCUCCAGGGGUUGAUCGGAAGCAAGGGUUGGCAAGCAGGAGAGGAUGUUGGCUUCCAUUUGCGCAUGGUGUACAAGCUGCAAGAGGGAGUUCCCCGUUCCACUUGUGUCGAUAUCAUGCCCGCCGGGGAAACCGAAUCAUUCUCCACCUUUGAAGGUGGAAAUAAAGCUGAAGACGCACGCUGGGAACACUUCAUGGCCCAAGCGUUCAUGGUGAACCGUGAUCCUCCCAGGGCACGCGAUGACGUUGGCAAGCCCGUCCUCCCACAGAUGGAGGAAGACUGGACUCCAAUGCAUGUAGGGAAGACCUUGAAGGAAUACAUGGAAGAGUUAUGGUUCUACACACACACCGAUGUUGAGGAUCUCCCUGAACUCCCGUGGGAUGCACUCGGCGAUAUCGCAUGCGAAUUGGUUGCCGCGGAUUGCUUUGUGGUCGACCUGGCCGCUAUUCGAAGACGCACGAUACUCGAUAAUGGUGACAUCCUCGAAGGGCCAAGUGUCGACGAGAUGGCCAUCGCUCCUGACGGUGAUGCCGUCAUUGCUGAUGGUGACGCUGUCGCUCCUGACGGUGAUGCCGUCGCUCGUGAUGGUGAUGCCACCGACAAGGAGAAGGAGGAGGAGGAGGAUGACGACGACGAUGUCGUUGCCCAGACACCUUCACGGAAGCGGGUGGUUGUGAGCACAUCGACUCAUGUCGAUGAUGAUGGCGAGCCGUUGGACCCGGACAAUAUUUUGAUGCGCGCUCUCAAGCAUAGUGCCACAGAGACUGCGGUCGCUCAUGGUGAGCACACAGUCAACAAGAGGAAAGGGGUUGCCACUGCGGGUGACGCUGUCAGCGUGGAGGUCAGGCGUGAGGGUGACAAGGUCGUCACAGGCCGUGAGGACACGGUUGACGGGCAGCAUGCAGACAGUGUGCGCGAACGCGAUGAUGAGAGCGAUGCGGAUGCAGAAGGAGAGGACGAUGACGAGGAGGAUGGCGGAAGCAUUAAAGAGGUGGUGAAGGUGACGAGGGGUAGAAAACGGAAACAAGGCCCGCGUGCAUCUACAUCUACGUCGAACACCAAGGCCGCGGGACAGGCGGUUAACAAAAAGUGCAGUGUCGUGGAUGACAUCGUCACCUUCUGGGAGGAUCCCGUCGUGAGGGUGGUGCUCAAGCGGAGGGGCAUGCAGCUCCAGGACAUGCCCGGCUUCUUUUUGAAUGACACUGUGCACAUCAUGACGCUCAGUUAUCAGCUGACAGAUGAUGACAUUAUUCGCACGCAUCUUCACACACUCAGUGUGGAAGAAGACCACUUCACGAUGGAGAGCGGUGGCCUGCCCGGCUUGGAGUGGUACAUCUACGAUGUCGGCAGGAGCUGGAGCAAUUGCCUGCACUGGAUUCCAUCCUUCGACGACGUGCAGGCCGUCAUCUUCCUCGCGCCGCUCACAUUCAACCUCAUGCUUGAGGAGGACCUGCAUGUGAACCGGCUUGUGUGUCCCCCCUUUAUGAGAUGUCCGUCAUCAUACAUCGCUUCCCAUCCUUCAUUUGUCGUCCUCUUUCCUCCAUCCGCAUCGUGCUUGUCGCGAUGUUUCAUCUACAGGUCCCCUCCCAUUUGA